AAAGAUGAAGUCUUGAGAUCAGAUAGGCUCAUUUCCACCGAAGAAGCCCUGAACCGCCACAUAAAUUUUUGCAGGAAGUUCAGAUCAUCAAGUCCUCUGCAUAAAGAAACAGAGCACCCCAUCCUUGCCAUGGGUCGGGUUUUUAGGCGGAGCUUGGAUACUCCAAGAGCUCUCCGGUCAAAUUCUAGCUCUUCUCUUGGUGGUGUCGAAAGGGUUGGCGGCCCAGCGCUUGUUCGUUCAGGAAGUUGCUUCUCUUCUCUGUCUAGGUGAAUGGUUAGAGCAAACUUUGCAGGUACAUAUGAAACAGAGGAACUCUGUUUUUUUUCUUAGAUAUGAUAACAAAUUGGGUAAUUUGGGCUGCUUUUUUUCUUCUCCUUUUUUUGCUCUAAUGGAUUGAUCUUAAUGGAUUUUUAAGAUAAUUGCUGAGAAAACUAAUAUGACUGAUUUAAGAUUGUUUGUUUCUCUAGACUUUUUCAAUGUAUAUAUUCCAUAAUUUAAUUUGCUUCAAAUACAUUAUUUCUUUUCUUUUUAAUUAUUUUGUUUCUCUAGAGUUUGUACAUUGUUUUGUUGUUUGAAGGAAUAUGAAUGACAUGAUUGUGUGAUCAAGGUCAAGGUACAUGAAUUGUUCAAAGGGGUUGGCAAAUUAAUGGAAAUAAAUCUAGGACCAUUAACUGAUUGUAUAUAGGGUUUGGUUCCUGCAUACAAAUUCAUGAAAGUGAUGCCACUGCAUUUUCCCUUUUA